GGUGCCAUCAAAGGUGAUUAUAGGGACAGUAAAGUUCUUUUAUGCCAGGAAAAAUAAAAUACUGGGUGUCUAAUGGAGUUUCAGAACCUGAUUUCAAAAGGAUCAUACAGAUAGAAACUAAAAUUUAGCAUGCUGGACGGUUCUACAGAAUAUAUUUGUCAAUGGAAUUUUUCCAUAAUCAUACCACUAACAUGAGAACAAAAUGAUUACUAUUGAUUUGAAACUUGAAAAAUGAGCAGGCAAAAUUGUUGGAUUUGCAAGAUGUGCGGAGAUGAAUCUAAGAAGCUUCCUUCAAACAUUACUUUGGAGGAAGUACUACAGUGGGGCCAGUCUUUUGAAAAGCUGAUGGCUACAAAAUAUGGUCCAGUAGUCUAUGCUGCAUACUUAAAAAUGGAGCACAGUGACGAGAAUAUUAAAUUCUGGAUGGCAUGUGAAACCUAUAAGAAAAUUGCCUCACGGUGGAGCAGAAUUUCUAGGGCAAAAAAGCUUUAUAAGACUUACAUCCAGCCACAGUCCCCUAGAGAGAUUAACAUUGACAGUUCAACAAGAGAAACUAUCAUCAGGAAUAUUCAAGAACCCACUCAAACGUGUUUUGAAGAGGCUCAAAAGAUAGUGUAUAUGCACAUGGAAAGGGAUUCCUAUCCCAGAUUUCUAAAGUCAGAAAUGUACCAGAAACUUUUGAAGACUAUCCAGCCCAACAACAAUUCCUAACUACCACUCAAAAGUUUAAAUUGAAGAUGGUGUAUUGAAAGAACUGGCUUUGUUUUUUUAAUUAAUACACAAAUACAGACACAAUCAGAAAUAGAAUAGGAAUGAAAUAGAAGAAAUCAAACUAUAAAUUAAUUUUUUUCUAAUUCUCAAAGAGAAACAGAUCCCCAAAGGGAUGGCCCUUAGAACAGUUAUAACAUGAAAAACACAAUUUAUGGGCAUGCCUGUGUAGCUCAGUUAACAUAUAGGAAAAAGGAAGGUCUUCAUGACACCAAUAUUAUAAGGCUUGUACUGAGUAGUCAACUAAUGGAUAUUUUCUUAUUAAUGAAAUUUUGCUGUAAUAAUGCACAGAUCAGUUCUUUUAAAAGUGUGGCUAUACGAGUUGUCUCUAGCAUGAGUGUAUUCUAGAAAUGGAGUGCUUGUAAUAGCCUUAAUUAGUAGAGAGACUUAGUAUUUGAAGUACAAUCAGUGGUAUAAUAUCAUGAGCAAUGAAAGAUGUGUUCUUGAGAUAGAUUUUAUCUGUAAAAAUUUCCUACUAUUAUAUUAACCAUUGAACUUCUAUAUCACAAAUAUCUUCUACAUAGGAAAAAUUCCUGAUGAUUCUAAGCUAUUAAGAAUGUAUAAAAUUCUUUUUUAUUCUUAUGUUGAUAUAAGGGUAGAAAAUGGUUCAUACAUUUUAAGUAUUGUUUCUUCACAAUGUGAAUUUAUCGUGGUCCCAACAAUCAAUAAACCCAAAUGUAAACUAAAAACUUACAAAUCUAUGCUUUUUUUCAAAGACAAAGUGAGGUUACUAUUCCAGCAAAAGAGUUUUUUUAUCUGUACUGUCAUAGCAGCUUCUUAGAGUUUGCUAGGAGAUUCCGGAGGAAACAACUCAUAUCUAUUUCAUUGUUUUGUUUAGCAUAUAGCAUAGCAUAUAACAUUCUAUACAGAUGGAUAAAUAUUCUAUGUUUUUGAUGAAGAAUAAAAUGCACAAAAUAUUUAAUAUCAUUUUGCCAAAGAUUUAACUAUAGAAAAAUUGUGUCCAAGAUUUUUAGUUUUACUAUGAAAAGUGUUUCUCAGGCCUCAUAUUUGACUGGAAUGGCAUUACUAUUUUAAAUGCCUAUAAACCUAUGCUGUAUGACAUGAAAAUGAAUAUCAACUGUAAUUCUUCUCCAUCAGCAAAGGGAUAUUAUAACAUAGAAAAAAAUAUUUGAGGGUUUAUUUCUGAGAAAAUACUUGAGAUAUUUUCGUGAAAAAAUAUAUCAUUAAUUAAUGUGGAUUCUAGUUAAAGUAGAAAGUAUUACCACAGAGGUCCAAUUUUAUUUUCUCUUAAAAACAAAAACAUCAAUAUAAAAUACAGAUUGACAUUUUAGACAUCUGAAGUUGAUGAUGAUCCCUAGCCAUAAUAAACCAAAAAAAAAAAAAUGUUUCCACAUAUUUCAGAUAGUUUCAUAUCACUCUGACAGCGAAUGAGUAUAUUUAUAGACAUAUGUUUAGGAAGUGUUAUACAUAUAUGGUCACAAUACACAUGGUUAAAGCAGUUUCAGAAAACCUUGAGCCCUUACUAUUCAAAUCGUGCUAAAUCAGCCACUGAUAUAAUGAAUAAAUGGAAUAAUCAGCAUUCUUUACUACUUAUCUCUCCCCUCCAGUGGAUGAAUAUUUGUGCUCCAAUACAGGAUAAGUCUAGAACUUUCAGUUUUGCUUAUACACUGAUUUUACUUCCCAAAUAGAGUCCCUCUGUUUAGCUAUCCCAGCACCUUCACUCAUGUUGGGUAAACAAGGUGCCACAUGGUAACAUGAAACAAAAAGCUUUGGACUGAGGUACAAGGCAACUGGAUUAGUGCCUAUUCGCUCACCUGAUGUCAUUGUACCUAUAGUACCAGUAGGUCUCAUUUUCCUCAUCUACCAAAUAAAAGGAUGGGACCAACUUAUUGGACUGAGCCACACACACAGCCUGUGCUUUAUUACAUACCAUUACUAAUAAAUUCAUUAUUCUUUUACUCUGUAACAAGCUUGAAUUCAUUUUAGAAUUCCUCCAAAAAUCAAUGUUUUCGUUAGGAAAUGGAUAAUACUAUUUUGCAUUUAACACUGUUUGAGGGAGUGCUGAAAUUUUUUGCUUCAAAACAGAGAAUUUAAACUGCCAUCUUUUCAAGAAUUCUACAUGGCAGCAUGCGUUUUAUGUUAGUAGCAGUUAAAAUAGCUUUCAGAUCAUUUUUACCUAAAAACAUACUAAAUCUUAUUCAUUUUCCAUAGGAUAGUAAAACAAUUCAAAAAUUGAUGAUACUUGUCAAAUGGCUAUGAGGGUAUGCCCACAUCAACACAUUUUUACAUGGUAUUUGUUUUAUCAUAAGUGCUUUGAGAUUAAUAAGUCAAAAACGUAUUGUUAGAUUUCUGAUGUCAGAACCUGGAUUUAUUUAUGAUUUUUUUCUUUUUUUAGAUAUACAUUUUCAAACUCUGAAGAUGUAUGAGAUAAGCCUUCAUUGUAUCUGCAUAAAAAUAAAAUCUUAUCUUCUCCAAAGAAGAUGGUGACAGAAAUUUAUACAGUUCAGAUUCAAAUAUCUUGGCAGAGAUGAACACUUUCCUAUUUAUAAUUCAUCAGUCACACCAUAGUUUCAUCAACUGCAAAAGACUUUUUACCAAUUUGGGAAGAACGAUUACAGAAAAGAGAUAUGUAAAGCUUUCUCCAAAUACAUAAUAGGGUGUGAUUUGAAGAAAAUCAUAAGAUACCACUGCCCAAAAAUAUCUUCUCCCAUAUCUAGGACCUGAAAUUCCCAUCACUGGUCAUAAAAGGUGAAAAAUGGGGUUGAAAUUCAAGCUGUAAGUGAAGAAUGAAACACUAGUGCUGACACUUUACCUGUUGCCUAGCAGAAAGUAAAACUUAGGAAAAUAGAAUGUGGGCCUAUAGGAUGGCACAGGGAAAUAGGUUGAGAGAACAAAGAUAUUAGGGUAACUAGAAGUCACAAAUGGAAAGAGACUGCUUAUUAACAUCUUCCUAUACUGUUAAGUAGAAAACCAAAAAGACAGGAGAGCUUUGCUUAAAAACAAGUAUUCUAAAAUGCUAAUAAUACAUUUUUGUGGAAAAUAAUAGCAUUCCUAUAGAAAUAAAAGAGCAGGUAUUAAAUUCCUCAGCAAAUAGCAUUUAUAGAGGCAUUCUUUCAAUGAAACUUUAUCUAGCUCCUAUUGAGUACAGAUAUUGUAUAUUCAAACAUUAAUUAGGUGAGGCUUCUGCUCACAAGCUUGUAUGAACCGAUAAUUAAAAUACAAACUAAUAAUGAGAGUCUAAGUGAGGCAAAUGAAGAAAAGAGAGGGAGAGAUUGUGAACUGAUCAGAUACAGGGAAUGGUCAAGUUUGAUCCAAAGUUUCUAAUCUGAGCAUCAGAGUAAGUAUAGGAUGCUAUUAACCGAAAAAAAAAAAAAAAAACAGCUCAGAAGGAGGAGCAGGUUUGGGAAACAAGUUGAGUAUGAGGUGCCUAGAUGCCAUAAGUGGGAUUCCAGAGUAGAAAUGUAGAUCUGGGAAUUGUUAGCAUGGCUGUCUCAAUGAUCAGAAGAGAUCUUUUAGUGAAGCUGUGCCGGACAGAGAGCAAAAACCCAAAUGACCCAAACAUACCUUAAGGAACAAGAUAACAUAUUAGUAACUCUUAAAUUCUCAUUGAGAGCUCAUCACAUCAUUUAUAGUAAUGAUAGGGAUUAUUUACUGAAUUUUACUAUGUGGUGGAUA